UGUAUCUGUGUGAUCAUUGGGAUGCAUCGGCCGGGAUAAUAUGCGAUUUUGAGUGGGAUGUCGUUGUUUUUCAGCACCUAGUUUCAACAACUUGCAAUGAAUAAGCAGCCGCCUGGUGGCGCCCCGAUGGGCGGAGGAGGCGGCAAACAGGGCUCUGGCCCUUCCCAGCAGCACCACCAUGGAGCUAUCAACCUGACCAAGUCAGAGGAGUCGGCCCCGCCGGCCACCACGGCGUGGCUGACCUCCAGCAGCUGGUCAGCCGCCAGCAGCAGCGGCACCAGCAGCAGUAGCAGCACGGCCGGCGGCGGGGCCGGUGUGUCUCUGACCACCGCCGCGCCGCGGCCGGCGCCCGUGCGCGCCUCCACACACAACCUGGUGGCGCUGUCGCAGCCGACGGGCGCCGGCCAGAAGCCAGAGGCGGUGGCCGUGCUGGGUCACCAAGGCCUGCUGACAGUGUCACGCUCAGCAGUCGGCGUACAGGGCAGCGGCGGCACCAUCGCGCUGAUGACACCGGUCAUGUCACGUGCCGGAUCCACGCAGAGUGGCACCCACCUGCAGCCCACCGCCUACCAUCUGGCCAGAGGCACCGGCUCGGCCGGGUCCUCUCCGCGGGUGAUUGGCCCCCAGGCGGUGCGGGUCGGACACCUGCCCAUCUCGAGUAUAGUCGGCACCGGCGCCCACUCAGUCAGUUACCAGGUGAGCCACCGGGCGAUGACCCCGACCUCUCUCCCUGCCGGCCUGGUCGUACCGGUGAGCUCCAUCGGCGGCGCGCAGCCCGUCCUGCUGCGAGCCGCACCCGCCGCGCCCAGCCAAGCGGGCGUCGCGACCAAGACGGCUGCCAAGGCCGCCAAGCUGUCCACUGUGACCAUGUCGGCCGGGGGAGCGGUCAGGGCUGCCGGCCCGGCGCGGGUCACCGUCGGACACACAGGGAGCGGCGCUCGCACCGUGUCGCCCCAGGCGCGGCUGGUCAGCCCGUCGGGCGGUGCGGCGCCCCGUCCCCUACACAUCACCCAUAUCGCCGCUGAGAAGGUGCCCCGCGCGCUGGCCGGCGCCGCCACCACCCUGCGGCAGAGCGGCCCGAUCACAUACUCAAUGCUGCCGGCCGGCCGCGGGCAGCAGCAGGUCAUCAGGGGACCGGUCCACCUCUCGGUGCCAGCGCCGCCCGGCGGCUUCUCUGUCAGUGCUAGUUCGUCUGGGGACCGCGGGGAGGCGCUGCCUCUGACGGUGAAGGCCGGUCCCGCGCCGAGCGGCGCUGCUACAAAGGCCGGCGGCGGACAUCAGAUCACCAUGACGGUGCCCUGGCCGGCUCCGGGACAGCAGGGAGCCAAGGUGAUCACGCAGCCGGCGCACGGGCCGCCGCUGCAGCUGUCCCAGUUUGUGCCGACCCAGGGCGGCCAGGUGCGGGCGGCCACCUCCCAGUCCACCGCGGCGUCCGCGGCGCCGGCCGCCUCGUCUGCCGGUGCUCCUGCUGUCGCUGCCGCCGCCGUCGUGCAGACCUCGUCCACUGCCAUCCCAGUGGCCAAGGUUUUGCCCCAGCAGCAGCAUCAGCAGCAGCAGCCACCGGCUCAGCCGCAGCACCCUCACCAGCAGCAGCAGCCGCAG